AUGGUGCGCGAGCUCCGCGCCGACUCCUUCUACGCGCGUCUCCGCGCCGCCGCCGUCGCCGCCGCAUCGGCUUCCUCCGCCUCCUCGUCCCCGCUCCUGAUCCUCCCGUCCGCGGCCGACGCCGACUCGCUCUGCGCGCUCAGGAUCCUCGCCCACGUCCUCUCCGCCGACUCCGUCCGCUUCUCCGUCUACCCCGUCGCCUCCACCGCCGCCGCCGCGGACCUCCUCGCCUCCUUCUCCCCCGAUGCCGCGCCGCCGCUCUGCGUCCUGCUCAUCAACUGGGGCGCGCGCUGCGACCUCCUCCGCGGCCUCCUGCCGCGCGGCUCCACCGCGUUCGUCGUCGACUCGCACCGCCCCGUGCACCUCCGCAACCUCGCCGCGGGGAACGACCGCGUCGUCGUGCUCUUCACCGCCGACGACGAGCGCGCCGCCGACCUGUCCUACGACUUCGACGUCUCCUCCCUCGCCGACGCCUCCGACCUCACCGCUGAUGGGGACGCGGACGGCGUCUCCGAUGACUCCGACUCCGACGCUUCGGACUACGACUCCGACGCCGAGGGCGGGCGGAGGAAGAGGCGGCGGCCGGCCGCGGAGACGAACACCAACGACCCGGUGAGGCUGUUCGGCAGGCUGCGGAGGGAGUACUACCGGCUCGGCACCUUCCACGGGAAGCCGUCGGGGUGCCUCAUGUACGACCUCGCCCACGCGCUGCGCAGGAACACCAACGACCUCCUCUGGCUCGCCUGCGUCUCCCUCGCCGACCAGUUCGUCCACGACCGCAUCACCAACGAGCGCUACCAGGCCGCCGUCAUGGAGCUCGAGCAGCACGUUAACGGGUCCGGCAACCUCGAUCCUUCCGGCGUCGGCUCCGUCGUCACGCUCAAGGACGGGACCAGGAUCCGGGCGCCCGAGACCUCCCGCAUCGCCUACCAGGACGAGCCAAGGCUCAUGCUGCUGCGGGAGUGGACCUUGUUCGACUCCAUGCUCUGCUCCUCUUACGUCGCCACCAGGCUCAAGACGUGGACUGACAACGGCCUCAAGAAGCUCAAGCUUCUUCUCGCCAGGAUGGGCUUCCCGCUCGCCGACUGCCAGAAGAGCUUCCAGUACAUGAGCAUGGAGGUCAAGCGCAAGAUGCGCGGUGAGUUUGAUCGCCUCCUGCCCGAGUAUGGCCUCACAGACUUCUACUACCGGAGCUUCCUCAGGGUGCAUGGGUACAAGUCCAAGGUCUCUGCUGCGGAUGUUGUGUACGGCCUCACGGCUUUACUUGAAUCAAUGGAUGCUGACUCCAAGGAGGAGUGCUCUGCUGCUGAGCAGUUCUGGGUUGCCUACUCUGCAUUGUCCGUGAGCAAUGUGGAUCAGCUGCAAAAGGGGAUGCAAUCCGCAAUAGAGAUACAGAGGGCGAUACUGAGGCAAGGAAGCUCUGCAAUCACCAAGAGCGGCUUCAUACGGAGUGCCAAGAAGUUUCGCUGGGUGAAGCUUGAUGACCCAGUGGACACUGGCAAGUUGUGCCACCCACAGGCGCUAACCAAGUUCUGCUUCUUUCUAAUGGAUGCACUCAAGGAGCGGGGUGCAAGGAUGAAGCCACUAGUCUGUGCUUGCUUAGCUGGGGACCCUGAGAAGGUGCUCGUAGUGGGGGUAUGCGGAAAGCCCAGGCUCGGAGCCAUUCAGGGGAAUGCGUUCGGCAAUGCAUUUAGGUCUGCGGCAGAGGAGAUUGGUGCAGACUAUUUCCAUGACAUGUUUGAGUCAUCAUGGAUUGUUCUUGAUGUUGUUGCUGUCAGUUCUUUCAUGAUUCGGCUAACAGAGAAGCUGUAAUGGCAUGCCCUCGUCUAAUGCUAGUGAUC